AUGGCCAUUAAUAACAGGACAUUAAAGGAGUUGGCUGCUCCUGAUUUGAACCAACAGUCUUUAUGUAUUGAGUACCCUAAUUUAGAUGCUGCUUUUGAGUUAAAAUCAGGACUCAUACAUUUGUUGCCUACUUUUCAUGGUCUUGUAGGUGAGGAUCCUCAUAAGCAUUUGAAAGAAUUCCACGUGGUGUGUUCAAGCCUGAAACCACAAGGAGUGACUGAAGAACAAAUUAAAUUGCGUGCUUUUCCAUUCUCACUGGCUGAUGCAGCAAAGGAUUGGUUGUUUUACUUACCUCCAGGAAAUUUGCAACAAGUCAAAGCUUGUGGAAUUUGUGUUGUUACUGGUCAUGCAAUGGAUAUGUGCCCUACACUUCAAGAAGAUUCUUUAGAGCAUGUCAAUGCAGUUGAAGGAUUCCUAGGCCCACCAAAAAUGAAAUACGAUCCAUAUUCAAAUACCUACAAUCUAGGGUGGGGGAUCAUCCCAACUUCAGUUAUGGAACAAGACCACAAUUCCAACAUUAUCAACCUAGACCACAUAUUCCACCAUAACAAACUUCUUCAAGUUCAGGAGACAAGAACAAGCAUCAAGCAAUUGGAAAAUCAAAUUAGUCAACUAGCAACAUCAGUGAGCAGGCUUAAAGCUCAAGGUUAUGGGGAAUUGCCUUCCCAAACAGUUGUAAAUCCUCGAGAAAAUGUAAGUGCCAUUACGUUGCGAAGUGGAAAAGAAAUUGACAUCCCUGUUCAGAAUCCUAUAGAAUUGGCUAAGAAGACUCAAAAAGAGGAGGCAGAAAAUGAGGCGAUAAUCUCUUCUAAGGUAAUUUCUCAAACAAUUGUGCAUAAUUCUGAUAAACCUAAUCCUCUUCCUUUUCCUAUCAGGUUAUCUAAAUCUAAAAAGGAAGAUCAAGAAAAGGAUAUCUUGGAGAUUUUUCGAAAGGUAGAAGUGAACAUUCCUUUAUUGGAUGCCAUUAAGCAAGUCCCAAGGUACGCAAAAUUUCUCAAGGAAUUGUGCACCAAUAAGAGGAAGUUGAAAGAUAAUGAGAAGGUAAGUAUGGGAGAGAAUGUUUCAGCCAUCCUUCAAAAGAAAUUACCUCCCAAAUGCAAAGACCCAGGUAUGUUCACUAUCCCUUGCAAAGUAGGUAAUGUCAAGAUUGAGAAAGCAAUGUUAGAUCUAGGAGCUUCAAUAAAUGUCAUGCCUCUUUCUAUUUAUUCAUCUUUGAAUAUUGGUCCAUUGAAAGAAACAGGUGUUACUAUUCAACUUGCUGAUAGAUCUAAUGUGUAUCCCGAGGGAGUUCUUGAGGAUGUUUUAGUGCAAGUUAAUGAAUUGGUUUUUCUUGUUGAUUUUUAUGUGCUUAACAUGGAAGAAGAUGAUUCAUCUAAUAUAGCACCAAUCUUAUUAGGGAGACCAUUUCUAAAAACAUCUAGAACAAAAAUUGAUGUUCAUGAUGGUACCCUUACCAUGGAGUUCGAUGGGGAGAUUGUGAAAUUUAAUAUAUUUGAUGACACGAGACUCAAAUUAAUGCCAGUUGAGGUACGAAGCCUAGGAACUAAUAAGGUGUUCAAGGUCAAUGGGCAUAGGCUUAAGCCAUUUCAUGAAGGUUUUCAGGAGCAAACUGCGGAUGAAGUGCAAUUGAGAGAUCCAACUUAA